CGGCCAGCUGCACAGAUCAGGAACAAGGAAGACACAUCGCUACUAGAUACAAUACAUAUUUGAAGCAUGUCUUUACUAUCGACAGGUAUCAUAUAGAAAGGUUGAACAAGUUACGGACCUCACGCUGCUUCAGAACGCAAGCUUGGUCUCGAACAGCAAAGCAAAGAUGUUGUAAAACAUGGACAGCAGAAUAAACGAGAUUCCCGAGAGGACGUUUGAUUUGGUACUACAGAUUGCAUGCCCAACAUCUGAAAAUGAAGAUCCUGCCGUGCUGUGGAGCUUCCCCCAGGACUACACAGACCAGGAGGUUCUCCGGACGAUACCCAAGUUCUGCUUCCCCUUCGAUGUGGAGAGGGUUUCCCAGAGUCAGGUGGGUCAGAACUUUACCUUUGUGCUGACGAACAUCGAGAGCAAGCAGAGGUUUGGCUUCUGCAGACUCACCUCCGGCUGCCGUGGCUGCAUCUGUCUGCUCAGUUAUCUCCCCUGGUUUGAGAUCUACUACAAGCUCCUGAACACGCUAGCAGAUUACCUAACCAAAAACCAGGAGAAUGAGCUGAAUGACAUGCUGAAGUCACUGUACAGUCUGCCGGUGCCAAAGCCCUUCACCCCAGUCAACCUGAGUGUGCACUCCUACUUCAUAGCCCCAGAUAUCAACGGCUUGCCCACAAUCCCAGAGAGUAGGAACCUGACAGAGUAUUUUGUGGCGGUGGACGUCAACAAUAUGCUGCAUCUCUACGCCAGCAUGCUGCACGAACGACGCAUCAUCAUUACCUCAAGCAAGCUUAGCACUUUAACUGCGUGUGUCCACGGCUCUGCUGCCAUGUUGUUCCCCAUGUACUGGCAACACAUUUACAUCCCUGUCCUGCCUCCACAUCUACUGGACUACUGCUGUGCCCCCAUGCCAUACCUGGUAGGAGUUCAUCUCAGUCUGCUAGAGAGAGUGCGUAGCAGGUCAUUAGAGGAUGUAGUGAUUCUGAAUGUGGACACCAACACACUGGAGAGCCCCCAGGAUGACCUGCAGAACCUGCCCAGCGACGUGGUCCACUCUCUGAAGAGUAAGCUAAAGAAGCAGUCGACAGCAACAGGAAGCGGAGUAGCAAGGGCCUUCCUCCGGGCUCAGGCUGCCCUGUUUGGAUCCUACCGAGACGCCCUCCGAUACAAACCUGGGGAACCAGUCAUGUUCUGCGAGGAGAGCUUUGUGGCUCACCGCUCCAGCACCAUGAGCAACUUCUUGGAGAUGGCUGUCAACCUGCAGCUCUUCAAACAGUUUAUUGACGGCCGGCUGGCCAAGCUGAACGCAGGCCGAGGCUUCACUGACCUGUUCGAAGAGGAGAUCACUGAGGGAGGCUUCUGUGGAAGUAAUUCCAGGUCUUAUCAACAGUGGGUGCACACAGUCAAGAGAGGCGGCGCGCUGAUCAACACUGCAAUGACUAAGGCCAAGAGUCAUGCCAAGAGGGGCAUUCGCAGGCUCAAGCAAAGGGUGACCUAUGAAGAGGAGGAUGAUGGGCCAUUCUGCUCAGGGUCUCCCACCAGCACCAAGAGUCUGUCACCACGGAGACUGCAGAAGAGGAGACAGCAUUAUUAUGCCAAGUCUCCCAUGGGGUGUCCUGACUUUGCCAUCGAUGACGAUGAACUUGACACUGCCAGCAAGAUCUCGUCUGAGGACAGUGGGGAGAUGCCGUCCUACACUGAGGACAGUGACGACUCCUAUUCGCUGGAGCUGGACACAGACUCCUCCCACACGGGACAGAUGAACCUAUUAGAGGAGAUCCUUGACUCUCUGAGCACCACCAGCACAGAGCACGGCAAACUCAGCGCUGCCAAGAGCCUGGACUUCUUCAGAUCUAUGGACGACAUCAACUAUAAGACUCCGAACAAGUCCAACCCCCCCAGUGAGAGUAAUCUUCCCCAGCUGUGUACCAGUGGCAGCAGGGUGGGGGGAGUAGGUGGGGGAGGGGAACAGGGAGGAAGCUGGCAGGACGACAGUGCCCUCCACGGGAAGCACCUGCCCCCCUCCCCUCGUAGACAGCCUAGCAAGAGCAGCCUCAAGAGGCCAAAGCAAAACCCCUCGACAGCCUCUCCACCGGCCACAGCUGCAGCCCCAGCCAAGGACAACCAGGUCCCCAAUCUCCUGCCCAAGAUCCAGGCCCCUCAUACCAAGACCCAGCCCAAGCUCCAGGGCCUUCAUGCCAAGCCCCCGAUCUGUCUCUCUCAGCCCCAACCAGAGGAGCCUUCGCUCCCCACACCUCCAUCACCACACCUGGGAGACCACCACCCUUCUUCCAGCCGCUGUCCUGCACCAACCCAUGCCUCCACACACAAUCCUCCACCAGCAACACACACCCCUCCACACACCCCACCGCUGACCCGCGUUAGAGCCUCCACAGACCCCCAGACUGAGUCUGAGUCCAAACCCCAGACCACGUCCAGCAUCCUGCGGCGGAAUGUGCUGUCCAAGGAGACGGUGAGGCAGUACCAGGACCAGGCCCUCCAGAGGCAGGGCAGUCAGGACAAAGAGAGGCAGGGGGUGAAGUCCGGGCAGCCCUCUGUGCUGGUCCCCUGGGAGAGAGAGAGGCCAGAGGAGGGGGGACAGGGAGAGGGCCAGGGCCUAGGGCUGGGGUUGGGGAAGGAACAGGGCAGUGUCUCUGGGGCAGAGGUCCAGGAGAAAGGCCUUCUAGAGGAGAUAGAGUCCAUGUGUCACCUCAGCUCAGCCUUCCAGACCAACCUACAGCUGUCCCAGGUCCAGUGCAACACCAACAACACACAUAAUAAUACCCAUGCCGACAACCACAGCCACAGCAAAGCCACUGACAAGUCCUGAGACGGACAGGGACAGGGGAAAGUGUGCUUGAGGUAGAAGUUGCCCUUAAGAAUCAGACUGCCCUCCCCAAAUCCUAACCUUAACCACUGAGUGGAAAUGUUGUACUAAAAGAUCAGUGUGUUUUAACAGAGAACAAAUUCAGUUUUCCUUCGAUCUGAAAGUAUUGUAAAGACACAAAGUAAAUCCCCAUGACCUUGGUAACUCUUCCACUGUACAGUUUCAUAACACAAUGCCUUAAACCAGGGAUUGGCAACUGGCGGCCCGUGGGCCACCUUUUGUAGGCCCGAGGACCAAUUUCACAAAAAAUAGAACACUUUUUUAGGAACUCAGUCAGGGUCUCAACUUACUGUUGAGAGUUAGAAUAAUAGAAUGCACAAGAUGCAAUUUUGAAAUUUGAUUGUGCAUCAGCAGUCACUCAAUUAGCCCAUGUCAGCUAAAAUGUUUUAGAUUGGUAAGUUAGUCUAGCAGCCAGCUACCUAAACUUGGAGUAAGCAUGGUUGAAAUACCGACCGGGGUCGGGCCCAUUGAUCAUCAGUUAUCAUAUUAAAAACUGUUAACAUUUGCCUCCACCCUAUGGCAAAAUGUGUAGAA